GGGCCGGCGGGUACGCGCUCGCUGCGUCGACGUACUGACGCCAGGACGCGCGGCCGGUGUGUGUCGGGGUGUGUGUGUGUGUGUGUGUGUGUGUGUGUGUAUGUGUAUGUGUGUGAGUGUGCGCGCUCCGAGUGUGUAUUUGUGUAUCGGCGGUCCCGCAGGUCCCGGAUGUUGCGGACAGUAUGAGGCGAGCGCAGGGGGACGGGGACAAGCAGCUGUCGCCGCCGCUCUCAGGGUGAAGAAAGAACAGAAAUCUUUGCCCCGUGACUUUGGAAACCUUGUUUAACUUUCAAACUGGCGAUGUCAAGGGUUCCAAGUCCUCCACCUCCGGCAGAAAUGUCGAGUGGCCCUGUAGCUGAGAGCUGGUGCUACACACAGAUCAAAGUAGUGAAAUUCUCCUACAUGUGGACCAUCAAUAACUUUAGCUUUUGCCGAGAGGAAAUGGGUGAAGUCAUUAAAAGUUCAACCUUUUCAUCAGGAGCCAAUGAUAAACUGAAAUGGUGUUUACGAGUAAACCCAAAAGGGCUCGAUGAAGAGAGCAAAGAUUACCUGUCCCUUUACCUGUUACUGGUCAGCUGUCCAAAGAGUGAAGUUCGGGCAAAAUUCAAAUUCUCCAUUCUGAACGCCAAGGGAGAGGAAACCAAAGCUAUGGAGAGUCAACGAGCUUAUAGAUUUGUGCAAGGCAAAGACUGGGGAUUCAAAAAAUUCAUCCGUAGAGAUUUUCUUUUGGAUGAGGCCAACGGGCUUCUCCCUGAUGACAAACUUACCCUCUUCUGCGAGGUGAGUGUGGUACAAGAUUCUGUCAACAUUUCUGGCCAGAAUACCAUGAACAUGGUGAAGGUUCCCGAGUGCCGGUUGGCAGAUGAGCUAGGAGGGCUGUGGGAGAAUUCCCGGUUCACAGACUGCUGCUUGUGUGUUGCUGGCCAGGAGUUCCAAGCUCACAAAGCGAUCUUAGCAGCUCGUUCUCCAGUUUUUAGUGCCAUGUUUGAACAUGAAAUGGAAGAGAGCAAAAAGAAUCGAGUUGAAAUCAACGAUGUGGAGCCUGAAGUUUUUAAGGAAAUGAUGUGCUUCAUUUACACGGGGAAGGCGCCAAACCUCGACAAAAUGGCGGAUGAUUUGCUGGCAGCUGCUGACAAGUAUGCCCUGGAGCGCCUGAAGGUCAUGUGUGAGGACGCCCUCUGUAGCAACCUCUCCGUGGAGAACGCCGCGGAGAUCCUCAUCCUGGCUGACCUCCACAGCGCAGACCAGCUGAAAACUCAGGCAGUGGAUUUCAUCAACUAUCAUGCUUCGGACGUCCUGGAGACCUCCGGGUGGAAGUCCAUGGUGGUGUCACACCCUCACUUGGUGGCCGAAGCCUACCGCUCUCUGGCUUCGGCACAGUGCCCUUUCCUGGGGCCCCCACGAAAGCGCCUGAAGCAGUCCUAAGACCCCACGUGUUGUAAGACUCCAUUUAUUUUCCAAAAGCAGCGGCCACUCUUGCUGCCACUGAACACCAGGCAGACAGCGCAAUCUAUGGAGCUUUCACUGUUGUGGGGAAAGACUGCAUCGUGCUCCAGACUGUAAAUGGCACUAAAUAACUUAGGGGACAGGGAGGGAAGGGCCCCAGGACUCGGGGCUGCUGGACCGGAGGAGAGCCCUGUGCUGCAUCUCCGUGCUCCCUGCGGCCUGGCCCCCUCUGACACCGGGGUGCAGUUUCAGCACCGGCCCAGCACACAGCCCAGCGGUGGUACUGCGAGAAACUGCCUGCUCUGACAGAGCAGACCCAUCGUCAGGUGCCUGGAGCAAACGGAGGGAAAAAGAAAAGAUGCUUCGUUUUAAGAGAAAGGAGAAGAAAAAAAAGAAAGGAUUUUUGCAGAAUCAGUUUGUGGAUUCCAGUAGUAUUUAUGUUGAGAGAAGCAACUUUUAGUCCUUCCGGCCAUGCUAGAACUUGGGUGUUUGUGAAGACGCCUCGUCUGAAGACCGCACAAGCACCAGAAGAGCUCUCUCACUGUUAGCACUUACUGCUCACAAGGGCAGGAGACACCCUUUCACCCUGCAGUGAAAAGUGACAGGUGAAGGCGAAGGGGAAGGAGGCUAUUUGAUCUGGAAGAUGAGUUCCAAUGGUCAUGGCUUUUGCAGAAAUCUUUACUGGUAUUGAAAACUGGAAAAAAUAAUUCACCCAGAAUUCAUACUGUCUUGACAAGAACUAUGGUUCUCUGUUUUUAGAUAUUGUGGAAAAUGUUUUUUGACAUUUUUCUCUGGUUUUAUUUCUCUUCCCUCCCCUCCUCCCCUUUUCUAAAAUGAAAAACACAAAACAAAAGCAAGAAGGAGAGAAGAAAAAUGGAAAUUUUAUUAUUAAAUGCUGUAUGAAAAAAGUCGCAGCCCAGAUUGCUCAGCUGUCUGUACCUGACUUGCCGCCUGCGUAGGAGCCAGCCCUGUUCCUUACGAUUAGCCUCUCUUCCUACAGGGGAGAACUUCCAAAUGUUAAUUUUUUUCUUUUUGAAAAUAUAAAUAAUUACUAUUUUGUACUGUG